UCUGUAUCGGAGCUCGUCCCACCUCUCUCCCCCCAGCAGAGAGGAAGAAGAGCCGAGACAAGUGAACAACAAGCAAAAGCCAGGCAGACAGGAGACUGCAUAGCGUGUGAAUGGAGCAGUGUGCGAGUACGGCCUCCCUGCUGGCCUCGGUGCGGGAGCAGGAGAGGCAGUUUGAGAUGCUGAGCCGAGCUCUGGAGGAGGAGCGGAGGUCGUGUGCUGGCACCUUGCCCCGCCCCCUCCCCAACAUGCAGAACGGCCGCAUUCCUUGUGAUGCAGACAUAGAAAGACUGACAUUGAACGAGGCUUACAUCAACGGGACACAUCACUUUAGGAUGGAGCCUGGCCAGUUGAUGCAGGAGACGUACACGGUGGAGGAGGAUCCCCAGGAGAUGCCACCUGUUGUCUCUGUGGAGACCAGUGAAGAUGGGACAACACGUCGCACGGAAACCACGGUAAAGAAAGUAGUAAAGACUACCACCACUCGCACAGUCAUCCCUUCUGUGUCAGACACACUUUCAAUGGAUGGUGGAGGCUCUGUGACAGGUAUGGGGGGAUACACUACACCUGCGGACCGAGUCUACAGGCAGGGCCCUGGAAUUGCUGUGCCAAUGGACUACCCCAAUCAAACUGUGCCGCGCAACUACCACUACGGACCUCCAGUGGGAGCUUAUGAUGACUACCGCGCUGGACCUCCACCUGAGACCUACACAAGCCUUAGCAGGGGAGUUCACAUGGAUGAUCGCUACAGACCGGUUCAUUCAGAUGGGUACAGAACGCUGGAUCCAAACUACAGAGCCCCCAGCAGGAACCAGCUGGACCCAUAUGCUGCUCAGCCUCAGGUUGGGCCAGUGGGAAGUGCUAUGGAGCUUUCCUCUAUUCCAAGGUUUGUUCCAGAGCCGUACGGUCUGGAGGAUGACCAGCGCAGCAUGGGCUUUGAUGAGCCUGAUUAUGGCAUGGGACACCCGGUGCACUACAGCACCGUGCCCCGCAACCACCAUGCUUACCCUCGUGCACUGCCUCGCAGGACCGGGAGUUAUGAGGCCCUCCUGGAUGGUGACAUGGGCGGUCCAGGAGACCUUUACUACGGUGCACCCCUGGCUCAGGGUGAAAGAGGGAGCAUGGCUUCAUUGGACAGCACUCUACGGAAAGGCCCCGGCCCUGGUGGAUGGCGCCAGCCAGAGUUGCCUGAGGUCAUCGCCAUGCUCAACUACAGACUGGACCCUGUCAGGAGCAACGCAGCUGCUUAUCUGCAGCAUCUCACAUAUAAGAAUGAUAAGGUGAAGUCUGAUGUGCGUCGUCUCAAAGGCAUUCCAGCGCUGGUUUCUAUGCUCGACAACCCACACAGAGAGGUUCACUAUGCAGCUUGCGGUGCCCUAAAGAACAUCUCAUAUGGCAAAGAUCACGACAAUAAGAUCACCAUCAAGAACUGUGACGGCGUCCCCGCUCUGAUCAGGCUGCUGAGGAAAACCCACGACCAGGAUCUCACGGACGUUAUCACAGGAACGCUGUGGAACCUGUCGUCUCAUGACUCUGUGAAAAUGGAGAUCGUGGACCAUGCGCUGCACGCCCUCUCCGACGAGGUGAUGGUUCCCCAUUCGGGCUGGGAGCGAGGGAGCAACGGAGCAGGAGGUGGGGAGGAAAACUGCAAGCCCCGACAUCUUGAAUGGGAGAUGGCACUCACCAACACAGCAGGCUGCCUGAGAAAUGUGAGUUCAGAGCGAAGCGAGGCGAGGAGGAAGCUCAGGGAGUGCACGGGAUUGGUCGACUCGCUCAUGUACAUUGUCAAGUCCCAGAUUGGCUGUAAAGAUGUGGACGAUAAGUUGACAGAGAAUUGUGUGUGUCUGCUGAGGAACUUGUCUUAUCAAGUGCACCGUGAAAUCCCCAACUCUGAGCGCUACCUGGAGACCACACCCAUCAACCAAGGCACCGCCCAUUCCGGCCAAAAGGGUAGCUGCUUCAGCUCCCGCAGGAGCAAAGAUGAGUGGUUUUCCAGAGGAAGGAAAGAUGAGGAUACAGCUGAAGAUACAAUAGACAUUCCAAAGAGGAGCACACCUGCUCAAGGCUAUGAGCUGUUGUACCAGCCGGAGGUGGUUCGCAUCUACAUGUCUCUGGUCAAGGGGUCCAAUAACUCCACAGUGUUGGAAGCUUCAGCUGGAGCCAUUCAGAACCUGUGUGCUGGACACUGGAGUUAUGGCAGAUGCAUUCGUGCCUUGGUGCGCAGGGAGAAGGGUCUGUCCAUGAUGACUGAGCUGCUGGGUCACAACAAUGACCGGGUGGUCCGGGCCAUGUCUGCAGCACUCCGCAAUCUGGCCAUUGAUGCACGCAACAGAGAUCUACUAGGUCAACAUGCGGUGCCUAGACUGGUAGCCAACCUGCCCAGUGGCGGUCAGAGUCAGCCGGUGCGAGCACUGUCAGAAGAGACAGUGGUGUCUAUACUGAGCACGCUCCAUGAGGUCCUGGGCUCCAGUCUGGAAGCAGCCAAAGCCCUCAGGGCCUCAGAAGGAAUAGAGAGACUGGUGCUUAUUAACAAGGACGGCAAUCGUUCAGAGCGGGAGGUGCGUGGAGCUGGCCUAGUGCUCCAGACAGUUUGGGGCUACAAGGAGCUGCGGCGCACUUUGGAGAAGGAUGGCUGGAAGAAGACGGACUUCAUGGUCAACUUAAACCCUCCCACCAACAGAACCAACGGCGGAUACGAGGAAAGCACUCUGCCGCUUAUAGACAAAGGUGGCAAAAGUGACCGGGAAAUGAUUCCAAUGAAUGACUUGGGACCAGAUGCUUACUCCACACUCGACCAGACGGGGAGAAGGAACACUCUGGAUAACACACUCGGAUCUACUGACAAAGAUGCAGAUCAGGGAGGGAUGUAUGGGGAGAGGCAGGCUUCCUUGCCUCUAAUGGAUUCUUACGAUGGUUAGGCUACAUCCACUUUGUCACACUGCAUGUCACCGCAUGAAAAAUUGAUUGUGUGCAUCACAAGACGACAGCCUCCUCCCACUUACUGCCCUUGCUGAACUGACAAUGGGGGACCACCGCGACACUACAGACAUGACUAAACUCCAUAUCUUACCCUCGUUCUUUUGCAGAUUCUCUUCCUCUCCCUGUUACAUUCCUCCAUUGCAGUUUAAACAUACAAAUGAAACCAUGUUUAAAACUGACAUUGCUCUGUGGACAACUGGAUGUGACGCUAUGACCACUUAACUCCAAAACCACUCUAUCAGCACUACAGCUUGCUUGAACAACACUAAUGCUCUCUCUUUGAGACUGUGGCUUCUUCUUGUAUUUUCUUGGAGGUCAGAGCAAAGACUAACUAAGCCAAUUAAUAAGGAACUGUUGGGAUCAGAUCAGGACAUGGUGAAAUUUUCCAUAAAUGGGUAAUACUG